AUGCAGGUUGAAGCGGGGAAUGGAAGUCGACAGUUCACGAUGCCCGGGCAACUGAUUGCCCCCUACUCUCUUCCCGCCGGGUACUACGAAUCGAAAAGGUGGUUACAGGAGGAAGGGGGCGAAGAGGCAGUCAAGCACAGCGCGACUUUGUGGUUUCUUGACACCUUUAAUUUGUUUAACGACAACCUUCUCCAUUGCUACCAUAUUGAGGGCAAUCCACCUGCUUCAGACUUCAUUCCCAAGAGCCCUUCCCAGUGUCGUGUGCCCGCGGCCAUUCUGCAGACAGGGCUCUCCUCUCUCCUCGGCAUCCCUCUCUCUUUUCCAGAGGCCAACCUUCCUGUUCAGGGGGCAGGAUGCAGCGUGGUCAGGCAGAGCAUUCGGAUGGGGGUUCUGGUGGCUAUGAUAUACGACCACAUAGUGCCGUACAGCCCGCAGAGGAGUCAAGAGGAUUGGCCUACCACAGUGAACAUUCACUUCCCCCCCUACAGCGAUGGGGAAGACCCCACCCUGACGGAGGAGAGGGUGGCCUUUCUGAUAGUGAUGAGUCAAGGGGAGGCUCAACCAGACUGGGGGGACGGGGCUGGGGGGGGGACUGGGGGUGCCGGACCGGCGGCUGGGGGAAUGAGGGGCAGGAGGAAUCUUUACAAAGUGCCCAUCUAUCCAGGGCGGAAAUCACUUUACCGCCUGCGGGGUUUCUUGCGCGUGAACAGGAUCCUCUCUACAGGGAAUCCUCCAUCCAUGACACCCCCCUCGCAGACUCCACAUCUUGGUAUUCCAAUCCCUUCACUCUCCCUUCCCGACUUUGCUGCGAUCCGUCUUUUCCAGAAGCGCCGCUGCUUCCAUCCAUGA